AUGGCGUCCUCGGGUAUUCCGACUUCAGAUGUGCCUAAGAAACGCAAGGACAAAGACCGCGACAGACUUAGGGUCAAAUCGGCCAGUGACGCUACUGUCAAGUUGGUCGUCAGCCCAGUGGUAGUCAUUGAGGCGCUUCCUCAGCCCCUGCAGUCUGUGGAUGUUCAGCCACAGGCCUCUGCCAAGACCUUUUCUGAGUCCUCCAUGCCUCAGGCUUCCUUUUCAUCUUCUGACCCUCUACCAGUCAUUGCCUCCGAUGGGUCCAGAGCCACUAAGCAGGCACCGGCUUCGGAGGCCUCUCUUCUUCUCCAUGGUACCCAUGCCAGACAGACUACCUUGGUUCAGACUUCUUCUGUUGCUAGACCUUCCGACUCCCUCCGGCUUUCUAGCAAACUUUCCCGUCGCAAAGCUACUCAAAAGCAGGCUCUGGCCUCCCCUAUUUUCCCUCAGUCUCAGAUGGACAAGAUAAAAACAAAUUUAACAUCUCUAGAAUCCAAACUGAAAGAAUUUAAUAACAUGCAAAGCCAUCAUGAGAAUGGAAUUGGAGAUAUAAAAGAAGAUGUUUUUAAUUUGGAGAAAUACAUUAAACAACAAUUUGCAGAAUUACACCAGUUUCUCCUAGACAAGGAAGAACAACUCAUCCAGCAGCUGAAGAAUGUCGAAGAAAAUACUCUAAAAUGGAUGGAAGGAAAUCUCGAGUGCAUUAAACAAGAGAUCGUUACCUACCUUGUGACAGACUCUGAUGGCAACUUGGAGGACAAGAUUAAAGAAGAGGACAGCCUGAAAAUAAUGGAAGAAAAUGUUAAAUCUGUUGAAAAUGAUGCUAUGGCCAUUAACAGCAUUAGUCACAGCAACAUGGAGAUCAGACAACCGGAACCUGUUGGUUUGCUAACAGUACCAGAAACCUUUGAAGAUGUCACUGUUACUUUCACAGAAGAGGAGUGGAAGUUGUUAAGGAAACAAGAUAAGGAGCUGUACAGGGACGUGAUGGAACAGAACUACGAAACCUGUGUUUCUGUUGGAUACAAAAUUCCUCCAAAGAAGUUAUUACAGCUAUUUAAAGCAGAUGAAGUUCCAAAGGAUGUUGUGAUGGGAAUAAAUAUCACGAAGCAGAAGGAUCAUUUUGAAGAUAACUCCAACAGUAUGAAGCGUGCGGACUGUAAUGUGAAUCGCAGUCAACAGCCAGCUCUUUUGAAAACACAGUUACAUCACCCUACAAGGAACGUCCAGCAGAGGUCUCAGCCUGGAAAAGACAGUGACGAGGUUUAUGUCACUUGUGUACCACAGCUUCCAUCAGAUCAUCACUGCCACCAAACCCCUGAACUUGACAAUGGAACCCCUGCGGCACAUCACCAGACAGAGCAUCUACCACUGCAUACUCAGCCAGUGAAGGUGUGUGAUGAGCUUUCUCGUACUCCAUCUCCAAGACUUCACUCAGGACAUGGCUGCAGCAGGAGCUCUGAAUGUAACACUGGAACACCUGCAGCACAUCAUCUGACAGAGCAUCUACCGCCACAUACUCAGCCGGUGAAGGCGUGUGAUGAGCUUUCUCUUACUCCUACUCCAACACUUCACUCAGGACAUGGCGGCAGCAGGAGCUCUGAAUGUGACACAACUAAGAGAUUUCACACAAAAAAAGAAACGCACAAAUGUGCUGAAUGCAGUAAGGCUUUCACACGUGCCAGUGGCCUGAAACAGCAUCAAGCCAUUCACACAGGACUGAAACCGUAUAAAUGUGCUGAAUGCAGUAAGUGUUACACACAACUAGGCAGUCUUCGAAAGCAUUAUGCCAUUCACACAGGACUGAAACCAUAUAAAUGUACUGAAUGCAGUAAGUGCUUCACACAGCUAAGCAGUCUUCGAAAACAUUAUGCCAUUCACACAGGACUGAAACCAUAUAAAUGUACUUUAUGCCGUAAGUGUUUCACACAGCUAAGUCAUCUUCAGUCACAUCAUGCCAUUCACACAGGCACGAAACCACAUAAAUGUACCGAAUGUGGUAAGUCUUUCAAAUGGGCCAGUAGCAUGAAAAGGCAUCAAGUCAUUCACACAUGA